AUGCCAACUCCAGAGGAGCUGGUUCCCAAAUUCAAGCUCGAGCGGCUGCUCAACCAGGACCAGGCAGGACGACGAACCUCUGUGCUCGGCACGAUCGACGAGCAGCCGGCCCUCCUGAUCCUCGAGCGCGCCCCCUUCCCCAGCUCCACCGACUACCUAGGCUCCGUGGCGGGCAGCCUACGGACGCUCAAGAACCUCGGUGCCAAUGACAUCUACCACUGGUACAUGGCCAGCAGCGGGGCCAUUGACCACCCAGACAGCGACCAGUUCGCCGACCUGAAGAUCAAUCUCAUCUACCCGUGCACGGAGCAGCAUGUCAAGAAGUACAGCAAGCAAGGGGUGCGCUUCGUGACGGAGACGCCCGAGAUAUACAGGGACAAGAUACGGCCGUACAUGCUCUCGAAGCGCGAGCAGGGGCGGCUCAACUGGGUCUUCAACAUUAUAGAGGGACGAAAAGAGGUAGAGGACGUUAUAUACAGAACCAAACUGGGCGAGGCAGGGGACGAGGGGUUCCUGCUCUUGCCCGACCUGAACUGGGACAGAAAGACAGUCGAAGCCCUGCACCUCCUGGGUAUUGUCGAGAGGCGGGACAUCUGGAGCUUGAGAGACCUCAGGAAGAAGCAUAUUCCUUGGCUACAACACAUGAAGACCAAGUUCAUAGAAGCGACGGAGAAGGUCUACCCUGAGAUCGAGACCGACCAGCUGAAGCUCUACGUCCACUACCAACCGACAUACUACCACUUCCACAUUCACAUCGUCCAUGUCCAGCUCGAGGCGGGCGCGACACAAGCAGUGGGGAAAGCGAUCGGACUAGACAGCAUAAUCGAGCAGCUGAGGAGUAUGGGCGGGGACGACGAGGCGGGUAUGGAGCAGGUAUCAUUAAGUUAUACACUCGGCGAAGCGAGCGAGCUCUGGACCGAGAUAUACGAGCCCAUCAAGAGGAGCGGUACAGCUUCUCAAUCGCAAUGA